UAUUAUUAUUAUUAUAUCAUCCAUUUGAUAAACUUAAAUUUGAAUCCCACAUCUUAAUUACCUACUAAUUAAAAGUGUUUAAUUCAUCAAUAUACAUAUAAAUAAGCAUCCAGUUAUUAGUUUAGUGGAUGAUUUCUCCAUUCAUAGACCGUAGUAUACGCAAUGCCCACGAGAUGAAGAAUUCAAAUUCCUGGCCUCCAAUCGCAAAUCAUGCAUACAAUUAACAGCUAUAACAUCUCCAUUGUGACCAAAACUUUCUUUCCUGACUAUGCCAAUUUUGUUUAUAAUUUCUGCCAACCAACUCUUGCAUGGACUUCGCAAAGCUACUGUCUAUCUUAAGAAAAUGCAUGACUACCAAGUCAAUACGGCAAGGCAAACUCAUCCACCAAAAAAUGGUCACUUUAGGCCUACAAGACAACAUUGCCUUGUGCAAGAACCUUAUCAACCUCUACUUCUCUUGCCAAUACUAUGACCUCGCUAAGCUUAUUUUCCAAAGGGUUGAGAACCCAUUAGACAUCUCCUUGUGGAAUUGCCUUUUGGCUGCUUACACCAAGAAUCAUAUGUACAUGGAAGCGCUUGAACUUUUUGAUAGGUUAUUGCGAUAUCCUUUCGUGAAACCUGAUAGUUUUACCUACCCAAGUUUGCUAAAGGCUUGUGGUGGGUUAGGUGAAGCUAGUUAUGGGAGAGAGAUUCAUGCGCAUUUGAUAAAAUCUGGUUAUGUGUUUGAUAUUGUUGUUGGGAGCUCUCUGGUGGGGUUGUAUGCGAAGUGCAACUUGUUUUCGUGUGCUAUACAGUUGUUUGACGAAAUGCCUGAAAGAGAUGUGGCGAGUUGGAAUACUGUUAUUUCUUGUUUUUACCAAUGUGGCAAUGCUAAGAAAGCGUUGGAACUGUUUGGGAAAAUGAGGGAUUCUGGGUUUGAGCCGAACUCAGUGACAUUGACGACUGUCAUCUCAUCAUGUGCAAGGCUGUUGGACUUAGAAAGAGGUAAAGAGAUUCAUAGGGUAAUUAUAAAAAGUGGGAUGGUAUUGGAUGGUUUUGUUAGUUCUGCUCUUAUAGACAUGUAUGGAAAAUGUGGCUGCUUAGAUAUAGCUAAAGACAUUUUUGAGCAGACGCCAAAAAAGCCUCUGGUUGCUUGGAAUUGCAUGAUUGCAGGAUACAGUUCGGUUGGUGAUAGCAAAAGAUGCAUUGAACUUCUUAAGAGAAUGAAUCUUGAAGGAAUUAAACCAACUCUAACCACUUUAAGUAGUAUCUUAAUGGCAUGUUCAAGAGCAGCCCAACUUCGUCAUGGAAGAUUCAUGCAUGGAUAUGUGAUUAGAAACAGUAUUAAGGCUGAUAUUUUUGUUAUCAGUGGAUUAAUUGAUCUAUACUUCAAAUGUGGAAGAGUCCACUCCGCUGAAACUGUCUUUGAAAUGCUGCCGAAGGAAAAUGUAGUUUGUUGGAAUGUUAUGAUUUCUGGAUAUCUGACUGUGGGCAAUUAUUUUGAGGCACUUCACAUGUAUGAUGAAAUGAAUGUGGCCGGUGUAAAACCAGAUGCUGUAACGUUCUCUAGUCUCUUAUCAGCUUGUUCACAACUAGCAGCCUUAGAAAAGGGUAAAGAGAUACAUAAUUGUGUCUCCGAGAGGGGAUUAGAGACUAAUGAAGUUGUCAUGGGGGCUCUCCUUGACAUGUAUGCUAAAUGUGGUGCUGUAGAUGAAGCCCGUAUCGUUUUUAACAAGUUGCCAGAGAGGGAUGUUGUAUCAUGGACUUCAAUGAUUACUGCCUAUGGAUCUAAUGGCCAAGCUUUAGAAGCUCUGAGGCUUUUUGGUGAAAUGCAGCAGUCUAAUGCAAAACCAGAUGCAGUCACUUUCCUUGAAGUUUUGUCAGCUUGCAGCCAUGCAGGAUUGGUUGAUAAGGGCUAUUAUUAUUUCAAUCAGAUGACCAUCAAGUUUGGAAUUAAUCCAAGAAUUGAGCACUGCUCUUGCUUGAUUGAUCUUCUUGGGCGUGCUGGAAGAUUGCGUGAAGCUUAUAGCAUUCUCCAUAGCAAUAGAGAAAUUACAGAAGAUGUUGGAUUGUUAAGCACACUAUUUUCUGCGUGCCAUUUGCAUAAAGAUUUAGAAUUGGGGGAGGAAAUUGCAAAGUUGCUUAUUAAGAAAGAUCCUGAUGAUCCAUCAACUUAUGUUACUUUAUCAAAUAUGUAUGCGUCUGUGAAGAAGUGGGAUAAGGUGCGCACAGUGAGAUUAAAGAUGAAAGAGUUAGGACUGAAGAAGAAUCCAGGGUGUAGCUGGAUUGAGAUAGACAAGAGAAUCCAAUCUUUCUUUGUCAAAGAUCAGUCACACCCAGAAGCAGAGGCAAUACAUGAGUGUCUUACAAUUCUUACCAGUCACAUGGAAAAGGAUGAGAUUUUGCCUCUUAACAUAGAAGAAUCUACUAGUUUCCAAUUGGAAGGAUAAUCUGUUCAAUGAGACCUGACGUUUGCCAGGAAUUGAAUGUGAAAGAGCAGAGGUGGUGUCCUCUUCCAAAGCUUAUACAAGUCACAUGGGAAAGGAUAAAAAGACGGCCAUAAAGGAUAACAUGCAGCCCUCUCUGAAAAAAACACACAAUGGAUAGGCGAAUUGGGAAAGUAUAUUUUUCAAGGGUACAUAAGAUAUAUACCAAAAAUUGGAUAAAAAUUUCUGGCUCCAACAAAAAUGCCAUAAGAAAGAAUGUUGGAGGUUGUUGUAA